CCCAUGUUGAUCAGCUGUCCAUUGCGACCUAAGAAACCUAUAAAGUGUUGAAGGGGCGCGAUCUGUAACGUGACAUUUGAACAGAGUACUAAAUCAUGGCAUCAGUCUGUCCCAUGAUCUGUAAUGACCUCCUCCAGCACAUCGACAACAUACCCGAGAGGAGACAUGAAGUUAGGGUCACAAUAGAUCACCUAGACGAUAUGCCAAGCUAUGAGGAGUUCUUCCUGCAGUACCUGUUGCCGAAUCGCCCAUGUGUGAUGUCAGCCAAGUGUACCGAGGGAUGGCGGAGCCGGAGGGAAUGGGUCCAGCAGGGGAGGCCCCACCUAGACUUCUUCAUCAGCCAUUUUGGCUCUGCAACAGUUCCUGUGGCAGACUGUAGCCAGGAGAAGUUCUCCUCACACCCGAAGGAGGAGAUGUCAUUGAAGGAUUACUUCAAGUACUGGAAGGAACAAACAGCGUCACCUGGCGCGAAGUGUUUGUACCUGAAAGACUGGCACUUCAACAGGGAAUUCCCUGAAUACAAAGCUUACACCACUCCUGUAUAUUUUCGGUCAGACUGGCUCAAUGAAUUCUGGGACACUCGUACAGAUGAGAGGGAUGACUAUCAGUUUGUCUACAUUGGUCCCAAGGGAUCCUGGACCCCACUCCACGCUGACGUGUUCCGGUCAUACAGCUGGUCAGCUAACAUCUGUGGACGGAAGAAGUGGAUCUUCUUUCCACCAGGAGAAGAAAAGUGCCUGACUGAUGUGUUUGGUCAGCUGGUGUAUGAUGUCACAUCCAGCGAGCUUGCUGACCAGUCCAGAUAUCCCAGCUACAAGCACCUGCAACACCGCCUUGAGGUCUAUCAGGAAGAAGGGGAGAUAAUCUUUGUCCCAAGUGGCUGGCAUCACCAGGUGUUCAAUGUGGAAGACACUAUUUCCAUCAACCACAACUGGCUGAACGGAUGUAACAUAGACAUCUGCUGGGCACACAUCCAGCAGUGUCUCCGAGAAGUACAGAAGGAGAUUGCAGAUUGUCGCGACAUGGACGGAUGGCAAGAGCAGUGUCAGUUGAUCCUGAAGGCCAGCAGCGGCAUAAACUACAUCGAGUUCCUCUCCUUCCUCACCACCAUCGCCCAGCAUCGGCUCCACGCUCUCUCCAGGCUCCAUGUGGCUCCAACACCUCUCAGUGAAACUGAUUCAUUAUGUACAGAAAAGACAAACUGUGUUACAAAUGUGACCACAAGUGUGAUAAAUUCUGCUGAUCAAGCAACUAAUUCUGUGAUAAAUUCUGCUGAUCUGGCAACUAAUUCUGUGAUAAAUUCUGCUGAUCUAGCAACUAAUUCUGUGAUAAAUUCUGCUGAUCUAGCAACUAAUUCUGUGAUCAAUUCUGCUAAUGUAGCAUCUGACUCAGUGAUGAAUUCUGCUGAUUGGAACUCUGUGAUACAAAGUGACAUCCACAAAGACAGCAAUGACUCCAAGAAAAUACUUGCCACAAGUGCUGGUGAGCCAUACCAGUCAGAAAAUUCACAAAGUUCGUACCCCAGUGAAAACAAUACAAGACAACCAACAAAUUCACCCACCAGUAGUGGGGGCACAACACAUUGUACAGAAACAACAGACAUUCAUGGUAUUGAGACAAGCGGAGCUCCUAGGCAGAUCAACAGUGCUGGUACAGGGUUCACAGAUAGCAAUGUCAAUCUGGACCUACUUCCCAUCUCAUGUGACACUGAUGAUACUAAGUCACAGUUCGCUGAUGCACACUGGCGGUACUGUAACACUGCCCACGCCAAAUUUGAUUUAAUGCAACUCCGAGAUGCAUUGACAGAUAUUUUGUCAGCACCUGAGAUGUCUGUGCUGGAAGCAGGUCCCCACAUGGACCUUGCAAACCAGGUCCUGAGACAAAUAAAGAUUUUAUGUGGGUAUUCAUGGUCUUUGUAUCCUUGUGGAUCACUUUCUGGUAUCCUGUGA